UUUUAAUAACUCUGUACUAAUGUUUGAACAACACAUACUUGGACAUGGGGCUUAGCAUGAAGUAUCAGAAUUCAUGAGAACAAAAAAAUGGUUAGACUUGAGUCCUGUUGCUACUUCUGCGGCCUGCGCACCGGAUGCAUUAUAAGUGCCCUGUGGCUACUCCUAUAUUACGGACUCCUCGCAUACUUCAUGUAUUACCAAAUGAUUCACACCCAGAGGGCCACAGUAAUUCUAGAAUCCCGCGAGUUCGAAAAGGAAACUAUUGGAUUUUGGGUGCUGGGCAUUGCAUUUAUCGCGAUGGCUUGCACUACUCUUCUUUUGGUCUACGCGACCAUCAUGAAGACAUACGUGUUUCUGCUACUGUUUUUAGUGGCACAGUUGGUUCCCAUUUCAGUUGAAUUAUACUACUUGUUGAUAGCUAUUGUUUAUGGUAUUACAUUGGAAAGUUUUGUGAUAUACCUCGCACCCUUAGUGCUUUUGUUCUACAUCGAUCUGGUGGUGUAUUCCUAUUUUCAUGAGUUGAGAAGUCUUAAGAGGAUGAAAUCUGUCUCUGAAAUAAAUAUAGAAUAUUAAAAUGGUUUCGCGCAUGACGUUUAGAAAUACUUCUUGUACGAUUUGGGAUCACAUGCCACUCUUUCCAGUGGAGCACACAAAGACAGCGAUAAGGUUGGAUGGGAUGACUUGGGACCAGGAAAACAUGUCAAGAAGCAAAAACAAAAAUGAUUUAUCAUAAUGGGAGUUGGAGUCUGAGCCGGGGCCCAAUUCGGAAUUGGAAUUGGAGUUGGAGUCUGAGCUCCCAGCGGCGUUGCCUAAACGGGCGAUAACGGCCAAAGCCAAGACCAGACGACGAUGAGGACGGCUUGCGGCCGGUGAUGGCGACGAACGAGGAGAUAUCGGGCCCAGAACGGUGCGUCUGGAUGUCAACUCUUCAUAUAAAAAUUAACGAAAUAUAAAUUAAAAAAUAUGCCCUACCUCUGGCCGGGCGAUGAAAUAAAAACCAGAAAUAUUCGUUUCGGCUGCGCUCGUUC